AUGAAGGUUUUCCAACUUGACCGCGGAAACACUCUUUCUGUUUCUCUCUUCUCCGACGUCACUAACUCCAAGGAUCUCUUGAAUUCGAUGCUUGAUGGAAGUUUGAAGCUAGAGGUCUCACUUCUCAAUGCAUCACUUAUUCCAGACAUUUUUCCUCUCUUAGCUGCUGCUCAGAAAGCACUUGUCUACAAAUCGCGCGAUUCGUUAUCAACCCGAACUCUUCAUUCCGAGCUCGUUUACAAUUACUCAGGAUCUAAGCAUAUUACGGAAUCGUUGAAACGAUGUGGGAUUUCGGAAAACACUACUUACAUUCUAGCUGCCCGGUUCAAUGCUUCUCCCGUUGAGAUGGAGGAGGUGGCUAAAUUGAUCGACGGGAAGGAGAUUGAUUUGGAGGAGUUGAAGUUGCAAGCAAAUCAAGCCCAGAUACUAAAGCAUUACAAGAUUACAAACCAAGAACUCGGGAUUUCCUCUCUCGGGGAUGCAAUUGUUUGUCGGAUAGCUGCACGCGACGCUUUGUAG